CGUGAAUCCAAAUAUUGUUUGUUGUCUUUUUCUCACCUCUUACUAUUUUCUUACAAUAAUUUAAGCUUUUAGAGCUGUGGAAAGAUAAGAAAUAUUAGUCACAGGACACUAUAGUAGCUUUGUAGUUUGGAAGCUAGACUUGUAUUUUUCCCAUGAUUCACAUUAACAAAACGAAGAGAUAAGCUUUUGCUACAAUCUCAUCUUUUUUUGUGGCUCACUCAUCUUUACACAACAACUCUAUAUAAAUCCCUCACUCCUCGAUUACCCUCUGUUUCAUAAUAAAGAGAUAGAGAGAGACUUAUUCGAUAACUAUGGAGAUAACAACGACCUUCACGGUUUGGUUUACUCUUACCAUUUUCUUAGGAAUCUCUAUCAAUGGAGGUUUGUCUCAAGGACAGCAACAUCUUGUGAAGAAGACACGUUCUUCUGCGGUUGUAGUAGGAACUGUCUACUGCGACACUUGUUUCAACGGUGCCUUUUCGAAAUCACACAACCACUUGAUCCCAGGUGCUGUAGUUGCAGUGGAAUGUAUUGACGAGAACUCUAAACCGAGUUUCAGACAAGAGGUGAAAACAGACGAGCACGGCCAAUUCAAAGCAAAGCUACCCUUCACUGUGAGCAAACAUGUGAAGAAUAUCAAGAGAUGCUCUGUGAAGCUGCUAAGUAGCUCACAGCCUUAUUGUUCUAUAGCUGCUUCGGCGACUUCCGCUUCUCUCAAACGUCUUAAAUCGACCAAACACGGGGAGAACACUAGGGUUUUCUCUGCAGGGUUCUUCACUUUCAAACCGGAGAAUCAACCAGAGAUAUGCAGCCAGAAACCGAUAAAUCUCCGUGGAUCCAAGCCUCUACUACCGGAUCCAGCUUUCCCUCCACCGAUCCAAGACCCGGUUCCAAACAAUCCUUCCCCUCUCCCAAACCUCCCAAUCGUUCCUCCACUCCCUGACUUGCCUCUUCCUCAACUUCCUCCUCUUCUUCCUCCAGGACCACCACAGAAACAAGCUUCCUUGCAUAACAAGAAAGAAGGUUCCUUGGAUGACAAGAAAACGGAAGUACUAAAACCUGAUUUCUUCUUUCCUCCAAACCCGGUCACGCCUCUCCUCCCUCCCACCCCGCUUAACCCGCCUCUCCUCCCUCCCAACCCGCUAAACCCGCCAGGUCUCAUCCCUCCAAACCCUCUCAUUCCUUCUCCACCAACUCUUCCUCUCCCACCUCUACCGUUUCAACCGCCUCCUUCCGGGUUAAUCCCUCCUCUUCCGCCAAUUCCUACUCUUCCACCUGUUCCUGUCAUAACUCCCCCUUCACCACCGCCACGUACUUUCCCUAUUCCUCUCCCUCCCAUCUUUCCGGGAAUCCCUCCGGCUUCAUCUUCCUUCUCUGGUCACCAUCAGCCCUAGAUUUAAAAGUCCCUUUCUCCACACAUUUCCAAUUAUGUAUUCUAUAUAUGUAUCAUCUCCGUUUUCUUUCCUCGGGAUCUUCACUUGUUGGCUUGUUGUAAUUUCAAUCUCUAUAAUAUUACGAAGGAGUUUCAUUUUCUGGUUUC